GAGUGAUCUGGCAGCGGAAACGGCGGGCAGCGGCGGCCGGAUCCCCUCGGGCGCCCUCCCCGGCCUCACGGCGCCUCGAGCCGCCGCCGCGGCCGUCGGGCCCUCGGCGCCGGCCCGUUGGUUGUCCCGGCCGGCAACCGACCGGGCCCGCGGGGUGCCGAACCUGCUGACGUCAGCCCGGGCUUCCUUUCCCAUCCCCGGGGCUUCCCCACCCCCCGGCCUUCCCGGGAGGGGUCCCGGGUCGUGGGAGCUUGGUCGCCGCCGCCGGGGGCUCCGGAGAAGAGAGGACUUGGGGCGGGAGCCGCGCAGGACGCAGUCUCCCCCUUCGGCCCCAUUUACCGAUGGGGAAACUGAGGCACGGGCCUCUGGCCGGCUCCCGACCGCCCCAGUUGGCUUCAGCAGUCCCGGGUAAAAAUAUCUCAAGCCUCUGCGGCGGAGCAUGUCGACCGAUCGGUUUGGGGUGCUGGUGGCGCCGGACCAGGAAGAGCUCGGGGUUCUGGCCUCGUUAAUGGCGUGUUCUGCUUUUUCUUUCAGUUUCCCCCUUCGCAGGGUGAGAAUGAUUUUACACAACUGCCCGGAGUUCUUUAGUUGAAAGGCAUUUUGAUUUUCUGUGUUUUUACAGCAUGGACACCAAAUUGCUAAAAACGUGCUCUGGGACUCACAAUGAAUUUAUCUAUUGCGAUUUGAUGAAAAACGUAAUAGUAGUUCCCUUUUUUUUUGAGUUACUGUUUUAAAGUUAUACCACAAUGAGUUCAGGCUUAUGGAGCCAAGAAAAAGUUACUUCAUCCUACUGGGAAGAGCGGAAUUUUUAUUUGCUUCUUCAAGAAUGCAGUGUUAUAGAUAAACAGACACAAAAGCAGCUUAAAGUACCAAAGGGGAGUAUAGGACAGUAUAUCCAAGACCGUUCUUUGGGGCAUUCAAGAAUUCCUUCUGCGAAAGGCAAGAAAAAUCAGAUUGGAUUAAAAAUUUUAGAGCAACAUCAUGCAGUUCUCUUUGUUGAUGAAAAGGAUGUUGUAGAAAUAAGUGAAAAAUUCACAGAGCUACUGUUGGCAAUUACUAAUUGUGAGGAGAGGUUCAGCCUGUUUAAAAACAAAAACAGAUUAACUAAAGGCCUUCAAAUAGCUGUGGGCAGCCCUGUGAAAGUACAGCUGAGAUCUGGGGAAGAAAAAUUUCCCGGAGUUGUGCGCUUCAGAGGACCCUUAUUAGCAGAAAGGACAGUGUCGGGGAUAUUCUUUGGAGUAGAAUUGCUGGAAGAAGGUCGUGGCCAAGGGUUCACAGAUGGGCUGUAUCAAGGGAAACAGCUUUUUCAGUGUGAUGAAGAUUGUGGAGUGUUUGUUGCGUUGGACAAGCUGGAAAUCAUAGAAGAAGAUGACCAUGUAUUGGAAAGUGAUUAUGCAGGUCCAGUGGACACAAUGAGAGUUGAACUUCCUCCUUUGGAAAUAAACUCCCGAGUUUCUCUGAAGGUUGGAGAUUCUAUAGAAUCUGGAACAGUUAUAUUCUGUGAUCUUUUGCCAGGAAAAGAAGACUUAGGAUAUUUUGUUGGUGUGGACAUGGACAAUCCUAUUGGCACCUGGGAUGGAAGAUUUAAUGGAGUGCAGCUCUGUAGUUUUGCAAGUGUUGAAAGUACACUUCUCUUGCACGUCAGUGAUAUCAUCCCAGAUAGUGUGACACAGGAAAGGAGGCCUCCCAAACUUGCCUUUACAUCAAGAGGUGUUGGGGAAAAAGGUUCAUCCAGUCAUAGUAAACCAAAGGUUACAGGAUCUACCUCAGACCCUGGAAAUAGAAACAGAUCCGAAUUAUUUUAUACCUUAAAUGGGUCUUCUGUUGAUUCACAACCACAAUCCAAAUCAAAAAAUACGUGGUAUAUUGAUGAAGUUGCCGAAGACCCUGCAAAAUCACUUACAGAGAUAUCUUCGGACUUUGGACAUUCUUCGCCACCACUGCAGCCUCCUUCCAUGAACUCAUUAUCCAAUGAGAACAGGUUUCACUCUUUACCAUUUAGUCUGACAAAGAUGCCCAACACCAAUGGAAGUAUUGGCCACAGUCCACUUUCUCUGUCAGUUCAGUCCGUGAUGGGAGAACUAAACAAUGCACCUGUCCAAGAGAGCCCACCCUUGGCCGUGUCUUCUGGAAACUCACAUGGUCUGGAAGUAGGCUCACUGGCUGAAGUUAAAGAGAAUCCUCCUUUCUAUGGAGUGAUCCGUUGGAUUGGUCAGCCACCAGGACUCAAUGAAGUACUAGCUGGACUGGAACUGGAAGAAGAGUGUGCAGGCUGCACAGACGGGACCUUUAAGGGCACUCGCUAUUUCACCUGUGCCCUGAAGAAAGCACUGUUUGUUAAACUGAAGAGCUGCAGGCCUGAUUCCAGGUUUGCCUCCCUGCAGCCAGUUUCCAAUCAGAUUGAACGUUGUAACUCUUUAGCAUUUGGAGGCUACUUAAGUGAAGUAGUAGAAGAAAAUACUCCACCAAAAAUGGAAAAAGAAGGUUUGGAGAUAAUGAUUGGAAAGAAGAAAGGUAUCCAGGGUCAUUAUAAUUCUUGUUACUUAGACUCAACCUUAUUCUGCUUAUUUGCUUUUAGUUCUGUUCUGGACACUGUGUUACUUAGACCCAAAGAAAAGAAUGAUGUCGAAUAUUAUAGUGAAACUCAAGAACUACUGAGGACGGAAAUUGUUAAUCCUCUGAGAAUAUAUGGUUAUGUGUGUGCCACAAAAAUUAUGAAACUGAGGAAAAUACUUGAAAAAGUUGAGGCUGCAUCAGGAUUUACCUCUGAAGAAAAAGAUCCUGAAGAAUUCUUGAAUAUCCUGUUUCAUCAUAUUUUAAGGGUAGAGCCAUUGUUAAAAAUAAGAUCAGCAGGUCAAAAAGUACAAGAUUGUUACUUCUAUCAAAUUUUUAUGGAAAAAAAUGAGAAAGUUGGAGUUCCUACAAUUCAGCAGUUGUUAGAAUGGUCUUUUAUCAACAGUAACCUGAAAUUUGCAGAGGCACCCUCUUGUCUGAUUAUUCAGAUGCCUCGAUUUGGAAAAGACUUUAAACUAUUUAAAAAAAUUUUUCCUUCUCUGGAAUUAAAUAUAACAGAUUUACUCGAAGACACUCCCAGGCAGUGCCGAAUAUGUGGAGGACUUGCCAUGUAUGAAUGUAGAGAAUGCUAUGAGGACCCUGACAUCUCAGCUGGAAAAAUCAAACAGUUUUGUAAAGCUUGCAACACUCAAGUCCACCUUCAUCCCAAGAGGGUGAAUCAUAACUAUAACCCAGUGUCACUUCCCAAAGACUUGCCUGACUGGGACUGGAGACACGGCUGCAUACCCUGUCAGAAGAUGGAGCUGUUUGCUGUUCUCUGCAUAGAAACAAGCCACUAUGUUGCUUUCGUGAAGUAUGGGAAAGACGCCUCUGCCUGGCUCUUCUUUGACAGCAUGGCUGAUCGGGAUGGUGGUCAGAAUGGCUUCAACAUUCCUCAAGUUACCCCAUGCCCAGAAGUAGGCGAGUACUUGAAAAUGUCUCUGGAAGACCUACAUUCCUUGGACUCCAGAAGAAUCCAAGGAUGUGCACGGAGACUUCUUUGUGAUGCAUAUAUGUGCAUGUACCAGAGUCCGACGAUGAGUUUGUACAAAUGAAUCUGGGGAGGUGAAGAAACUGAAUGCACAAUGGCAGUGUUUGCAUUUACCAAGCUGGCAGUUGUGUUCAAUGUCCAUUGCCGGCAAUGGAUGUCUCUGUGGUGAUAAUCCUUCAGAAAAGGAUUCCUGUGUUUAAAAACAAAUUGCUUUUGUGUUAUCGAAGUAUUUAAAUAAGAAGCAUUUUGCACUCUAGAAAGUAUGUUUGUGUUGGUUUUUUAAGAAGUCUAAAUGAAGUUAUUAAUACCUAAAGCUUUAAGUUAAGUGCAUUGAUCAUAUGAUAUUUUUGGAAGCAUAAAAUUUUAAUUGUGACAGUUUAAAACCUCUUUUAGUCCAUUGAGAAUGUAAAUAAAUGUGUCUUCUUUAUGGACCAAGGAUAUGAAAUCAUUUUUCCUUUGUAGCUAAUGGUUGCCUUGAGGAAGAAAUAAUUUGGUUUUAUUAAGAGUCUACUUUCAAUCCAGUUACAGAAGUUGUACUAAGUUUGAUUUGUUAAUCCUUUCCUAUACAGUGCUGGCUCCCGCAUGUCUGCAAUCUGCUCAGUUUGUUUGUUUCUGCAGUAGAGGUCAGAAAAACAUACAACUUCCCUUACUGGUGUUGUUUUCUAUUUGUUCUGGUUUUGAGAUAAAUGAAUGAUUCUGUCAUAAAAUGUCCUCUUUUUUUUGGUGUAAUUUUCUUGGGGGAUUAGGGUAUUCAGCAGUUGAAGCUCUUAGUUCACAAUAGGAUCUGUCAGCUAACAGGUUUUUUUAGGGUUCUAUUUUGUGGAACUGGGCACAAAAAAUUCUAUAAAAGGCUAAGGGUGAUAGUAUAUUAAUAUAUUCCUACACACAUAUAUGACCCAUAAGAAAAGUAAUUUGGCAUAUUAAAUUACUUAUUAAAAUCCCUGAAAAGACUUACUAGCUAUCUGAACAUCUACUGUUUUAAAUAAGAUUGUCCAGAACUUACAUUUGAUUAGUCAGCCCAUACCCUCGCUAAAUUCAGUUUCGUUUCAUUGGAAAUAUUGACAGUUCUGAAUCAGAUAUUUUAUUGAAAUGUUAUCAGUAGCUUCAUCCUCCUUCUGUUUAAAUAAAUAGAAAAUGGAUGUUUUUGUAGCCAAUUCCAUGGUGUGUGUAUUGACCACAAUGGACGUUGUAGAGUAGAACCAUAGAUUAUAAAUGUCAAUGCUGUGGAAUGUGUAUUCUCUGAGUGUUGUUUUGUGGUAUUGUUGUCUUUAUAGAAUGACUUCCUAACCCUGCAGGAAGACAGAAAAGUUGUCAUAUGCGAAAAGCAUAUGACUUGAUAAACUAAUGUCAAAAAAAUUGGAAACAUUA